ACGAGAUAAUAAUCUAUUAUGGGUCGUUGCAGGACGAUGUCGGCAAACAUUUAAAGCUCAAUCACUUGGCAGCUCCAUUUCCUUGCAUGAUAAUAGCCUUUUGCUACAUUAACAUCGAGACUACCCUGCAUGGCCUACAAUACCUUGACUAAUUACUCUGCCCUCUCAAUCGUAAUACAUAAUAAUAUUCGAGUCAUCUCAAGAUCAUUACGUAUUUGCUAGAUCGGCUAGAGGGGACACAACUUCAUAAUUAUGGUUUCGCACGACGUGGAAAAGGGGUCCCUCCACAACACGGAGGAGAGCCCUACGUCGACCGAGGUCAGCAACCAGGACUAUCACGCCGACGACGGUUUUAAAUCAGAGCACAAGACCUUCGUACCCAUACGGACCACGCGGCCCGACACCGUGGCCAAUGAAGGGGGCUUAUCCAGGGCCCAGUCGGCGUCGUCCAGGUCUAUGACGCGCACGCGCUCCAACAACGGAUACGGCUGCGACGAUGACGACGUCGAGGGCGGCACGCCUCAGUCCAACGACGAGGGUGCCUUCGACCCGUACGAGGUCAAGUUUGAUAAGGGUAAUCAGGAUCCUGACUGCCCGAGGAGCAUGCCCCGGGCUAAAAAGUGGCUGAUCGUAUUCAUAACCUCGUUUGGGAGUCUUUGCGUAACAUGCGCCAGCUCGGUGUACACCUCGACCUAUGCGCAAAUGAACGCCGAGUUUGGUUGCUCCAAGAUCGUAGCCACAAUCGGCCUGUCGACCUUCGUCCUGGGCAUCGCAAUGGGACCGGCAUGGUCGCCCUUGAGCGAAUUCUACGGCCGGCGGCCCAUAUACCUCGUCUCGUUUGCCCUCUUCGCCAUCUGGGUCAUUCCCUCAGCCGUGGCGCAAAACAUCGAGACCAUGAUUAUCGCCCGCUUCUUCCAGGGCCUGUCCGGAAGCGCCUUCCUCUCCGUCUCGGGCGGCACCGUGGGUGACCUGUUUGCCAGCGAUGAGAUGUCGGUGCCUAUGGCGCUGUUCACCCUCGCGCCCUUUGUUGGUCCGAGCUUGGGACCGUUGAUCGGAGGCUUCAUCAACUUUCAUGUGUACUGGCGGUGGACCCACUGGGUUCUUUUCAUGUGGGCGGUUGCUCUUCUCAUCGCCCUCGCGGUCUUUGUGCCCGAGACGUUUCAUCCAGUCAUCCUGCGCAAGAAAGCUCAGAGGCUCCGGAAGGAAACCGGGGAUGAGAGGUAUAAAGCACCCAUUGAACGCGUGACCAAGUCUAUCCCGAGCACCGUUGGGCACUCUCUGCUACGGCCGUUCCAGAUGCUGAUAUCGGAGCCCAUCUGCGUGGCCCUGGAUGUCUACUCAGCCAUCCUGCUGGGGAUCCUGUACCUAUUCUUUGGUGCAUUCCCCCUUGUGUUUGGUGUGAACCACGGCUUCAACCUUUGGCAGAUUGGCCCGACCUUCCUCGGCCUGCUCGUCGGCAUGUGCUUCGGCGUGGCGACAACCCCUUACUGGGAUCGAGUUCGCCAUCGUCUCAUUGCCAAGCUCGAGAAGGAGACGGGUAUCGAUGGCAUCAGCGAGCCCGAAUUCUAUCUACCACAAGUCAUAGCUGGUGGUAUAAUAAUCCCUAUCGGGCUGUUUUGGUUUGCCUGGACGACAUAUUCCUCCAUACACUGGAUCGUCCCGAUCAUUGGUUCUGGUGUGUUUGCUGUAGGCAACAUGUUGGUGUUCAAGGGUAUAUUCACGUACCUGGUCGACGCAUAUUCAACCUAUUCGGCCAGCGCCCUGGCCACAAAUGUGUUUGUGCGAUGUGCUUUUGCCGCUGCAUUUCCCCUGUUCGGCAUCGAAAUGUAUGAUUCUUUGGGUUACCAAUGGGCCACGUCAGUACUGGCCUUUAUGACGGUUGCGAUGCUACCAUUCCCUUUCAUUUUCUUCUACUAUGGAAAGUCAAUACGUAGCAAGAGUAAAUAUGCCACCAAGUCAUGAUCUAGAUCUAGGCGUAAUCGGGUUUGAAAAGCGUCAAAAAGGAGAAUGAGUAAAAUCAAAGGGGGGAAAGAAAGAAAGAAAGAAUAAAAUGCGACUUCAAGAUUGCCGCACUGGGAUAACAAUAUUAACGUUACCACUGACAUGAUUGGCG